CUGCGGGCCUCCGCGGCGCCUGGCGAGCCUGCGCCUGCUGCCCCCGGCGUCGGAGCCCAGGCGGGGCACGCCAGCUGGGCCGCGGGGUGCGCGGAGUCCGGGAGCGGGGGCACGCCGCAGUCGCACGUGACUCCGAACUCCCUCCUCUCCUCUGCAGUCGGUGCAGACGUCGACGAGGCCCAUACGCUGAACUCCAGCGCGUCAUUCUCGAGCUUCGUGGACUCAUUGAAAGUGCUUAUGAAGAUGCGCCUGCGGACCGAGUCGGAGGUGCAGCAAUUCCUGAAGGUACACGGCUUCUCCGACGUCAAUCAGCUGCGGCAGGCCUCUCGCUGGGGCGCACCACCUGCGUGCCGCCCGCUCCACCUGGCCGUCUCGGUGGGCGACGCGGCGAUGGUCAAGCGUCUGCUCCUGCACGGCGCCGACCCCACGCUGCCCGACGCAAACGGCCGCCUGCCCUGCCACACGUGCAGGGCGAGGAAGCACGCCCAGAGCGGCCGGAAGGAGUGGGAGGCUGCAAGGCGAGCGGCGGAGGCUGCAGCGGCCCACGUGUUCGAACGCCGCGAGGGAUGCCAGCGCCGAAGGCUGCGCGCAGUGUCAGAAGCGAGGCAGCCACCGACGCGCGGCGCGGCAGAAGCGGCCGCCUCUGGUUGGGACCGCCUCUUCGACGAGCUGAGGCAGGAUCCGCUGCUGGACGCGCCACGUCGGAGCCGUCAGGCUGUGGCGUCAGCAGGAAGGCCCAUGCCGGCGUGA